ACAAAAACAUUGCGAGCUAAGGCAUGAGGUUUGAGACAAGAGCUUGUCCUACCCACAUAGAAACAUCAAAGACAAUUAAAGCUUACAGCUGAGAAAAUAUUAUGAAACAAGGCGAAGCCUUUAUUAUCACGUAAAUGAAUAACAGACUGAAAUAUUGRCAAUAUUCAACUACAUGUUACUCUGACUGGCGGGCAGAAAAGACAGAACGUUUUGCCUAAAACAAGAUGUCAACGACAUGGAACAGCGUGGUCCUACACACCAAAUGACAGCAUCCAUGUAAAACUUGGACCAUAAAAUACAAUUCAAGCGCUGCUAUAUCCAAUUCAAGAUGAAAACUGAAGGAAUCAUGCUCUUUACCUUGACGAUAGUUUUGAUGUCCUCAUGUGACAGCACACGAAGUUAUGCCGCAAGCUUGAUAAGCGCAAGCCUCUUGCCGACUUUACCAACUACAUUAAGAGACUCAAAAUCAUUCAUUCCAUCUAGUCCUAUAGAAACUUGCAACGAACCACUAGGAAUGCAAAGUGAUAAAAUUUCCGUAAAUCAGAUAAACCAAGGCUCGUAUUGGAAACCUGAAACCGCGGCUACAAACGCCAGACUGAACAAAACAGAUUAUCCUCAAGGGUACCUCAGUGACGACAAUACAUGUGGCCAUUCCAAGACCAGUGGGUAUGUGGCUGUUACCUUUAAUACCAAAACCGUGGUAACGGCCAUCGCCACGCAAGGGUAUGGCGACGAAUCAAGAAAAGACUGGGUCAAAAGCUUUUCAUUAUACUGGAAGAAGAGUAGUUCUACAGAUGAGCAGUAUGCAUUGUACAAACCCCCCUAUAAGUUCACAGGAAACAGUGAUGCCAAUACUAUCGUGUACAACAGGAUUCCACAACCAAAAGAAGUCAAAUCCAUACUACUGAUUCCAAUUGAGUGCAAUCAAGAUAAAGUUGGUUUGAGAAUGGAAUUGUACGGCUGUGUUAUAAAAAAAACCUACGUGCUGUGGAUCCGAUUAAUGGGUAAACAGUUCCAUAAAUUGCUCUUUUCGCCAAAGUCUCAACUAUUUGAAGAUCUGGAGAGUUCUAUCAAGUCCAAGGUCGAGCGAUUGAUCUCAAGUCAUAAAGGAUUCUUAUUUGUCAAUGUAUUGCACAUAAGUCCUGGUAGCGUUAUUGUCCAGCUUGAGGUUGGUGCGGCUGAAGCGGAAGCUGAAAGUUUGAUUCAAACAGCAAAUCGAGUUCUUAACAAUGACAAAGCUUUGGAUUUAGAUCCAAAUUUCUUCUUGGUUCAAGAUCUACAAGGUUCGAAAGGCUGCAGACCUCCAGCUAUUAGUCUGAGCUUGUCGCAUCAAAUGGACAACCCAACGCUCACACUCAAAUCAGAGGACUUUACAGUGACGUCAAUUAUUGGUCUAGAGUCAACGAAAAGCUGUUCUCAUAACGUAUCAAUAGAAUUUGAGUGGGUGAUAUCAAGGCUUCCUGAAGGAAGUGACUAUUUUGAGAACAGAACAACUAUCACAAAGGGUGCAUCCGAAAACUCGUUGAAAAUAGGCAAACGAACACUCCAGUACGGUAUUUACUACUUAGAGCAAAGAGUGGGAAUUCCAAAAACGAGACUAUUUAACUAUAACUUUGGCUUCUUUGAAGUGCGAAAAACACCGCUGCGCGCAGUCCUCACUGGUCCGAAAGUUGUUGCUAGGGGUUACAACGACUUAAUAGUUAUGAAUGCCUCAUCGUCGUAUGAUCCAGAGCCCGCAAUAAGAUCGAGUGAUGGCAUGACUUUUCAGUGGUUUUGCAAACGACAAGAAGAAAAGUUGCACGGCCUUCGUGAUAUUGUUUCUCGUUCGCGUAUCCCGUUAGUACAUAUCCCGGGCCCUAACGAGAAACUUGUUGAAUCUGGAUGUUUUGGAACUGGAAUAGGAAGAAUAAACGAAUCUGGUCCAAUCCUGAAGCUUCCUGUCAAUAAGAUAAAAGCUGGCCUAAAGUAUCAAAUCAUUGUGAUUGCCAUAAAAGACUCAAGGGAAAAAAUAGCAAAAAGUGUAGUUAAAGUUGAUCAAGUAGCAACAAUGAAGGUCAAAAUCUCAUGCAAACAAAAUUGUGGAAAAUAUUCACCCGAGCAAAGCAUGAUCCUCCAGGCCAGCUGUAAGGGUAUCAUAUGCCAGGAACAUCUGAAAUAUACCUGGAAAGUUAUAGAAAAAAAGGUUUUGGGCAGCAAUGUCAGCUGGGAGUAUGCCAAUAUCAACUAUGUCUCUACGAAGCAAGAAGCAGACGUUUCGAGAAUAUCUAUAUCCAAAGGAAUAUUGAAGGUUGGUGUGAAGUACAUGCUUGAAGUCACUGCCAAAUCUCAUUCCGGGACAGUUGCGAUGUCAAAUUUUACUCUUAAUGCGAACGAAGCACCGCGAGGUGGUAAAUGUUUCGUGGAUGCCCGUGUUGGAGAAGCUUUCACUACAGUCUUCAACUUCACUUGCUCGGGAUGGAUAGACGAGGAACCACCGCUCACCUACAAGUUUCAAUUUACAAAGCCAUCUGGAGUUGAGGUGCUCUUACAAUCCAGCCACAUGGCUAAUGUAUCGACGAAACUGCCAGUCGGAUAUGCUGACAAUGAUUAUGAUCUCCCCAUGAACGUUUUUAUCGUUGAUUCAGUUGGAGUUGGUAUAGACGUGCAAAUUGUUGUAAAGAGUAAGCCUUGGUUGACACCUCUUUAUACAUCUUCUGCUUCUGGUAAAAAGGUUACCCCGAUUAAGGUAGAAAACUCGACUUUGUACCAUUACACAGUUGGAGAAAAGAGUAGGCUUAGCGUGCUAUUGAAAAAUAAUAAUAUUAAGCAAGCUACAAAUCUGGCCAAUGAAGUCCUUUCAAUGAUGUCUAGUGAUGCUGUGAGCAACAUGACAAUGCUUGAUAAGAUCAAGAUAAAGGACAACAUGAUCAACCACAUGGCAAGAGUAAAUGUUACUGAUAUAAAAAAACUAAUUCAAGUUGCGUCAGUUGUAGCAGGUAUAACAGAAAACCGAACUGAGUUAUCACAGAUGUCUCAGGUAAAGUCAGUGAGUGUCCUUGAAUCCAUGACAAAAGCUUUUCAUGGUAUUUCGAUUGAAGUUAAGAAAGGUUCCGCGCGUAUGGUGAAUGAAGCAAGUACAAACCUCCUACAUGGCAUGGGCAAUAUCCUGGAUACCUAUGCCUUUACUGCCGAAGCCUAUUCUAAUAAAGAAGAACUUCCUUUUGUCAGCAGCAAUGAUACUAAAAAAGAAAAGGCUGUCAGCAAGAAAACAAUCAAAAAAGUGAUGAAGUUAAUCGAGAUUAUAAGUGACACUCUGUUAUCAACCAUGAGUCCUGGAGAAAGGCCAGCGCGAGUAACAACUAAAAAGAUCGAAAUGGUCGUUCGAAGAGGGGAUGUAGAAGACAUUGGUAAAGAAAGACUGGACCUUGACGGCGGGGGCGUAAUGUUCCCAGAUAGCAAAACCCUAUUUGGCAGCCAAAACAAAACCCCAUCGCAUUUAGACACGCAGAUACUGAUUUUAAAGAAUAAUCCAUUUAAAUGGGAUAGCUCAGCCAAUCAAGUAUCUACUCCAGUGCUAAAUAUAGAGCUAAAAGACGAUUCGGGUAAAAAAUUGAAAAUCGAAGGACUCGAAAAGGAAGUAGAACUGCUUAUCAAAACUCCACCAGGACAGUCUGAUGGUCCUACUCUUAGCACCUUCUGCAAACCAAGUGUUAACGGUAGUAUGCUGUACCAUACAACGAACAUAACAGGCAAUAACAAAGGUAUUCAUAUAAUACUUAUGCCCGAGACUCAGCAAAGACUCGAGGUUUUCGUGGGCUAUAGAAGAAGACCAACCGCUUUUAACUAUGACUUCAAAGUAUCUGUUCCUGAUACCUCGCACUGCAACAAAUCGGAAAACUGCACGGAAAACUAUAUGAUUGCCGUUCCUGCUAACAUGACUAAAUAUCCAGGAGUCUAUUACAUUGGUGUAAGAAAUCCCGGAAGAAAGGAUAGCAAUGUUAAAUCGAGAAGAAGAAGAUCAUGCUCAGAAGCAGGACGUCAGAAACGGUCUGCAGUGUGUGUAGAGUUUAAAGACCCGCCAACUACUCCUCCCCCGACACCACAGGCAGUGAUUCCAUCAUACGACCCUACRACUGAUAUCAACUACACUAUAUCUGUAUCUGUCAAAUCCUGCUUGUAUUGGUCAGAAGCGAAAGAAAAGUGGACAAACUAUGGAUGCCGUGUGUCCAGUAGAGUAGUGAAUGAUUCGUUGGUUUGCCUCUGUAGUCAUUUGUCUUCAUUUGGUGGUGACUUCUUUGUGGCACCAAAUCCAAUAGACUUUGAUCAAGUAUGGGCAGGUUUGACAAGCAUCGGCGAGACCAAGAACUUUGUAGUGCUGGCCACAUUAUGUACUAUAUUUUGUCUGUAUAUCGUCACUGUGGUAUUUGCCAGAAGAGCAGACAGAAAUGACAAACAAAAGAUUACGCAAGCAAUUCCUGUGUCUCAAAUAACUGAUGACAGUUACUGCUACGAAAUCACAGUCUACACAGGGAUAUGGCGAAGAUGUGGGACUACUUCCAACAUAGCAAUGAACUUGUGCGGAGAAGAUGCUGAAACGGGAACCAUAUCUCUAUCGUAUAAUGCGAUGUGUGACAAGCAACUCUUUGGUCGAGGAAGUGUCAACGUCUUCAUGUGUCCUACAGCUAAAGCUCUGGGUGAUUUGAAUCAUAUACGAAUAUGGCACGACAACUCAGGGGACCAUCCGGCGUGGUUCUUGAGGCAGAUCGUCGUUCGUGAUAUCCAAACGGACACAAAAUGUUUUUUUAUUUGUAAUAAGUGGCUUGCAAUUGAAAAGGAAGAUGGCAAAAUUGACCGAGUACUUUAUGUUUCUACUAAUCGCGAGAUUAACGGAUUCAAAAACAAAUUUUGCAGCAGAGCAGCGACAGGCAUCGGUGAUGGACAUCUUUGGGUAUCUGUGGUGACAAGACCUCCCACAAGCCCAUUUACACGAGUCCAGAGAGCAACGUGUUGUCUGUGUGUCCUUAUGACGGCCAUGGUUACGAAUGCCAUGUUUUAUCAAUUUGGAGAGGAGUCUAAGGAUUCUUUCAAGUUUGGUCCUCUUGUUGUCAGCCUAAAACAAAUCAUAAUUGGGAUUCAAAGCAGCAUUAUCGUCGUUCCAAUAAACAUUCUAAUCGUUUUGCUAUUCAAGAACGCAAGGCAUAAAGACGAAAAUUCUGUCAAACCGAACGAAGAUGAUGAAUCUUCUGCAGAUGGAGCAAAAAAGAAGUCUGGAUUGCCACAUUUUGUUGUGUAUAUUGCUUGGACCCUUGUCAUCCUCGCAUCUCUGUCAUCUGCAGCAUUUACUCUGUUUUAUAGCAUGAUGUGGGGAAGAGAGAUUUCAAACCAAUGGCUUACGUCCAUUUUGGUCUCUUUUUCACAAGAUGUCAUCUUCAUCCAGCCAAUUAAAGUUCUCAUUGUGGCAAUAUUGCUUUCAUUUAUUAUAAGAAAAGCACCAGAGGAAGAAGCAUCUAAAGAUAAAAAUGCCGGAAAAGACUUUGCUGCUAAGGAUUAUUCCAGAGUCGCUGGUGAAGUCAAGGAACCAAAGUCACCAAAGAAUGAAGAAUUGGAGGCGUUCCGCCAAUAUAGAGUGCGAGUGUUGAUGAUGGCUAGAACCUUGAUUGAACUUUUCUUUUAUCUCACGUUUGUUUGGAUGCUAAUGGUUAUUUGUUAUGGAAGUCGUGAUGUUGGAAGAUUCUGGAUGACAAAUGGCUUACAAAAUAUAUUGAAGAAAUUUGAUAAGGUUAAAAACUCAGAUACCUUUUGGGAUUGGUCCAAGAACACACUCGUUCCAGGGCUUUACAACGCAGAGUGGUACAAUGGCAAGGAGUUCGAGUACAAGGAGGGCUUCAUUUCCAAUAGAGUCGUGUACUUGGUUGGCAUGCCACGUUUAAGACAACUGCGAGCAGUCACAGAUGAUUGCCCAGUAAUGUAUCUUUAUCCCAAUUUUACAAGUACGCUCAAUCCUUGUGUACCCCAAUAUUCGUUCAAAGCUGAAGACAAGACUUUAUAUAAUUUGCCUGGAUGGUUUCCACUAACUGACAACGAAACAAAGUUUUUCUCAGAAUUUGAACUGUUCAAGAUUUGUCCACGUCCUUGGCGCUAUCGAACGGCUACUGAUCUUCACAACCUGCCAUUCCAGGGUGAGAAAGAUCUGUAUGGAGGAGGAGGGUAUAUAGCUGAUCUUGGAUAUACCCAAGGGUCUGCUUUGAGGGUUUUGGAAAACUUGCAAUCAAAUUCCUGGAUUGAUGAGAAGACGAGAGCAAUUUUCGUUGAGUUUUUGGUGUUUGAACCUUCCAGCAGCUUCUUUAGUGCCGUGACGUACCUUUAUGAGAAACCAUCAAUGGGCGGAGCUGUCACAUAUACCUCUGUUAAGACAAUGUCACUCUAUGGCGCAAGAUCCCACGGACUACAGUCGUUGUAUGCAAUAUGUGAACUCGUUAUUAUCCUUAUCGUUAUUUAUUUCGUUAUUGCCGAGCUGAUCAAGGUUUAUAGGCAGCGUUGGGCGUACUUCAAAUGUCCCUGGACAUGGGUCGAAAUCACUCAAGUGCUGGCUGCAAUGGCAACGAUUGUUCUAUCCAUAUUCCGUCGCUACCAUGCCACGCAAUUAGUCAACAAAGUACAUAAGAAUCCAUUCAAGACUUCAAGCUUUCACUACGUAGUGAUGUGGUCUGAAGUAGAAGGUGCACUUAUGGCAAUCCUUAUCUUUAUCAUUACCAUUAAACUAUUACGCAUUCUGAAGUUUAACCAACACAUCAGCGUGCUGGCCAAAAGUAUGGCAAAAUGUGGUGAGAAAUUGGUAUCGUAUUCUGUAGUUUUCUUAGUGGCGUUCCUAGCAUUUGCUCAAGUGGCCGUACUGGUAUUUGGAUCGACAGUUCCCUCAUACUCCAGCGUCGUUCAAGUUUUCCGUUCACAAUUCUCAAUGUUUGUUGGCGGAGAAACAGAUUACCAGUCUUUAAAAGAAGCUAAUGGUAUCUUGGGCCCAAUUUAUUUCUUUGUAUUCAUGACGGCGAUGGCAACCAUUUUAAUAAACAUGUUCCUUGCAAUCUUGAACGAAGCGUAUCGAGAGGUGCAUGUCUUUAAAGAUAUCGUUCCAGAGGAAUAUAAAAUGCUGGUUGUAUUCCUUGACUAUGCAGAUUUGCGUUUGAGGAAGAGCUUUGCCAAACUGAGGGAGACCAGGCUUUUCCCGAAGAAGCACAAAUACGAGAUCAAAGAAGGAUUGAUGAAUUGCGAAAACGAGAAUGGAGAGUAUCAAAAGUAUACUGCUAUUGAAUAUGAUGAAAAUAAAGCGUUUCCAGGCUAUUUUAACGAGGAGGACUAUGAAGAUAAUAUGAUAUCUUCCAUCAAAGGUUGCUUCAAAACCUUACGAUAUGAUCUUUCAAAUCUCCUGUCUCGCUCCAAAACAUACAAGGUCCACAAAGCAUCUAAAAUGAACAAGGCCUUUACGCCAGACCUUGAUCAUUGUCAUUGCCAAGGAUACAAAAUGAAAGCAAAGUCGAUUUCCCGCAGCCUCCAAAACAUCACCGAUGACUUUUGUAGGAAGAAACGUAAAGAUGAAGUUCAACUGUUGGGUGACUAUGAUGAAGGAUACGAUGCUAUACAAGAUGAAUCAGACAUAACAUAUUCUGAUUCCGAGUCUGAGUUAUACACAGGAAGAUAUCAAUUGCUUACUAAACCUGACCGGGAAUCAAACAUCUGAUCAAGAAUAAUAGGACAAUAACAUGACUUUUGGAGGGCAUAUUGUUUAUUUGUGGCCCGAGUAGAAUCAUUUGCGCCCUAGCGUAGCGAGGGAGCAAAUGUUGCUGCAAGGGCCACAAAUGAACAAUAUGCUGAACCAAAGUCAUGUUAUCAUUAUGCAUCAUCAAUAUACUAGGCGAAGUUGACCGUACGAGAUUUUUGGAGUCGAAUCUUUGGCAGGCUGCAAACGUAUUUGCGGCCCGCCAAAAUCCAUUAUCGCCCGCUGGUCGCGCGUGUUCAAGAGGGCAGAGUUUGUUGUUUGGCCUUGUAUGUUGAUGAUCAUGGUAUAUGAUUGUUAAAAGGGCUAGUAGAAAUAUAUGAGUGCAUGCAGCAUUAAAUAGCCCUAAGCCAAAAACAUGCCAAUUAGAAUGGGCCAAUAAAGAUAAUUCUAAUGGGCCAAGAAAUGUAAAGUUCAUUUUCAAUAUGGAUUCUAAUGUGUUCUAAAGAGCAUGCCUAGUAAACAUAGCCACACUCUUGACAGUGAUUAUGCAUGCCAUGGAAAAUACAACCUAUUUAUCUUGGUUUUUCAAAAAUUAUACAGUACUAGUAUUAAUAAAUAGUUCAAUCAUGGUAGUACUUAACGACAAGCUACGAAAGUAGUUAUCUCUCUGGAUUUCAUUGCUUGUACGCUUUUGAUUACUAUAGUGGGUAUCAAACAAAAAAGUACGCAACUGCCAGAAACAAUGAUAACGAUAAUUAAAAAGCAAAAGCGACCAAAGCUAAGCAAAAGCCUAGCAAACAUAUCCUUGGCUAAGCUAAAUUGUUGAAAUGUCAUUGCCAUGUGAAUGAAUGUAGUUAUCCGAUAUAUUGAUCGACUAUAAUAGCCGGAUGGCACGUUCUAUGAAUUGUAUAUACCUAUGUUAACAUCAGCAUUUAUUUAUUAAUGAAAAGAUGAAAAAGAAAUAUAGAGCGCGAGAGCUUUUCAGCCUUUGUAAGCCAUUUGUGAACUUCCCUCUCUCGUUUUUAAUACAACUAUUUAAAAAAACGCUAUGUCGUUCGGAUAUCUGGUCGUCGCUCAAAGGUGGUGGCAUACUCAGUUAUAACUUGUUUUGAACUUCUACCUUAUUACACAAACUUUUCGCGUCAUGUCAAUUUAACGUAACAACAAAAAGUAAAAAAAAAAAAUGUCGCGUUACUUCCUUGGAUUUGAAUUGAGUAUGACGGACCACUGGAUAGGUGCCAGUCUACUUUUUUUCUGGAUUCCAAGGUCUUUUAUCCCUUGAUUUUUAAUAGUCAUUAAUUCUUUAUUUUGUCAAUAACUGAAGGUCACUUAUUUUUACCUCAUUUUAUUUUCGCGUAACUUUGAUUUCGGGAUUUUAAAAAUAUCACGAAAAUCGCAAAAUUAACGUGUCUCGAAAAUUUCCUUGCAGCCGAAUGAGGUAAUAAACCCAAGACAAUACAAUUAUCACUUUCCUUCAUAUUUAAAAUUAACCAUAGAGCAUUUCGGUCUCAGAUUUUAGCCUUUAAGAUCUCCGACCGACAACGUUUUUGAAAUAGGUGUAUAUUUAAAGAAAUGCUGGAAUGUGUGAAUGCAGGAGAAAAGACAUAAGAAGAGAAGAGAAGAAAAGAGUAGAGGAGAAAUCAUAAGAAAAGAAAAGCUGUAAAAUCAAAACACUGAAGAUUUAUUUAUAUUUAUAAGAUUGAUUUAUUAGUAUCAUUAUUGUUGAUUCAGUUGUGYAUGCAGUAGGACCAAGUACUUCUAUUUACAAAUUAAGAUAAAGUUCAUAACAUUUGUUUAUAUCUAAAUGGACGCACUCUGGUUAUGGACCAUUUAACUGUUUUUAUCAGAGGGUUUUGAAAUAUUUAAGAUGCAUCUAUGCUCAAUCCUUGCUCUGGUCCUAUACUUUGAUAAAAAGGAAUAUUCGAUAAAGCAUUCCUACAUGGGAUUGCAAGCACGCCCUAUUUCAGUCAGAUUCUGUCAGUAGUUCAGUUUUAUUUUAAUUUCCGCGCAAUGUCUUCAAAUUGAGAUGAUAAACUUCCUUCUAUGAACUGUUCUGGUUCUGGUUUUCUCGAAUACAAUUCAUUGUUGGGGGAAGAUAAAUAAAACAGGUGUACUUGGCAGCCUGUAAACAAUCUACUCUUUUGAUCUAUGAUUWGAUACAUUAGAUAAUUGAUUGAAAUUGUAAGAUAUAUAUAGGUCAUAAUAAUAAUAAACGGCAAUCUUGGUGCA